GGUUCAUAUUGUCCUCCACUUUUAUAGAUCUACUUUCCUUUUCUCCACUCUCUUUCCUUCUUUAACUAUGUUCCCAUUUUCUCCCUCUCCUCUAAGCUUGCAUCAAAUCUAGAGAGAGAAAAUUCACGCCACCAUUUGUCGGCAAUCCAUUUUCUCUUCUCUUUUUGUUUUUGCUUCAAUCUUCCGACCUUGUUUUCUUGCUUCUGAAGGAAGAGGAAGAAAACUGUGAAGGGUAUCAUGGCGCCUAGCACGAUUCGGAAGGCGAUUGGGGCGGUGAAGGACCAGACAAGCAUAGGGAUUGCGAAGGUAGGGAGUAAUAUGGCACCGGAGCUGGAAGUUGCGAUUGUUAAGGCGACUAGCCAUGAUGAUGACCCUGCAAGCGAGAAGUAUAUCCGAGAGAUUCUUCAUUUGACUUGUUGUUCGCGUGGCUAUGUCACUGCUUGUGUUUCAUCAAUAUCUAAGAGGUUAGGCAAAACCAGGGAUUGGAUCGUUGCCAUCAAGUGUUUGAUGCUUAUUCACCGUCUUCUCAAUGAUGGUGAUCCUGUUUUUCACCAAGAAAUUAUGUAUGCCACCAGGAGAGGCACAAGACUUCUCAAUUUGUCUGAUUUUCGCGAUGAGGCUCAUUCUAAUUCAUGGGAUCAUUCGGCCUUUGUUAGAACUUAUGCUUUGUAUUUAGAUCAAAGAUUGGAGAUGAUGGUUUUUGAGAGAAAGCAAAAUGGGGAUGGUGGAGAAAUUGAGAGAUAUGGGUCUAGAGAAGAAAGGUGGAGAUCUCCACCUGCCUCUAACAACAGAGGCUAUGAUUAUGGUGAGUUCAGAGAUGAGCCUGGUUAUGGAAUGAGGAAGUCCAGAUCGUCUGGGGAUGUGAGGGAGUCAACAGUACAGGAUCAGAAAGAUGUGACCCCAUUGCGACAAAUGGAACCCCAGAGGAUCUUUGGGAAGAUGAGUCAUUUGCAGAGGUUGUUGGAUCGGUUUUUGUCUUGUCGACCAACUGGAUUAGCUAAAAAUGAAAGAAUGGUGUUGGUUACUUUGUAUCCUAUGGUGAAAGAAAGUUUUCAGCUUUAUGCUGAUAUAUGUGAGGUUUUAGCUAUCUUGUUGGAUAAAUUCUUUGAUAUGGAGUAUGAGGAUUGUGUUAAGGCAUUUGAUGCAUAUGCUAGCGCAUCAAAGCAGAUCGAUGAGCUGGUGGGAUUCUAUAACUGGUGCAAGGAUAUUGGUAUUGCUAGGUCGUCCGAGUAUCCAGAAGUUCAGAGGAUAACAAGCAAGCUAUUGGAUACACUAGAGGAGUUUGUGAGGGAUAGGUCUAAGGCAACAAAAAGUCCCGAGAGGAAAGUUGAGCCUCUGCCAACUCCAUCAGAAGAAUCACCACCCGAUAUGAAUGAGAUUAAAGCCUUGCCUCCACCAGAGGAUUAUACUCCUCCACCCCCACCUAAACCAGAGUCUCCUAAGCCAGCGGCAGUGGUUCAGGAGACUGGGGAUUUGGUGGAUUUAAGGGAAGAGGGUGUUACUGCCGAUGAUCAAGGAAAUAAAUUUGCGUUGGCAUUGUUUGCAGGGCCUGUAACAAACAAUGGAUCAUGGGAAGCAUUCUCCUCCAAUGGGGGACCUGAGGUAACCUCUGCUUGGCAGAAUCCAGCGGCUGAGAGUGGUAAGGCUGAUUGGGAGUUGGCUUUGGUUGAGACAGCUAGUCAUCUGUCUCAGCAGAAGGCAACAAUGGGUGGUGGACUUGAUCCACUGCUGUUGAAUGGCAUGUAUGAUCAAGGGAUGGUUAGGCAACAUGUUGCCACUGCUCAGUCAAGUGGUGGUAGUGCGAGCAGUGUAGCAUUACCUGGACCAGGGAAGAGUUCAACACCGGUUUUAGCACUCCCUGCACCCGAUGGAACAGUCCAGACCGUUGGACAGGAUCCAUUUGCUGCAUCUUUGAGUGUUCCACCUCCUGCUUAUGUACAAAUGGCGGAUUUGGAGAAGAAACAACAAUUACUUGUGCAGGAGCAAAUUCUAUGGCAGCAAUAUGCUAGAAAUGGGAUGCAAGGACAGACGAGUUUGUCCAAGAUCAGCAGUGGCGGAUACCAAGCAGUUGGGAUGCCUUAUGGCAUGCCACCAGUAAAUGGCGUUGGAGUACCCCCUGCAGGAGGGUACUACUACACUCCUUACUGAUUUUACCAUGUAUACAUCAGUUUUUCUAUUACUGAUACUAUGUAUUCUUAUGUUGGGUGCUCUGUAAUCCUAGUAGAAUGACUUCCGUUUUGUAAUAUUUGUAUUUUUCUUUUGUUUUCUUGUUUAAGUCAUGAUCCGGGGAAACUAUAGUAUAAACUACUACGAGAUUAACUAGUAUCCAUCGUCACCGGAUAUUGCCAA